AUGUCGAAAAUCUCAAAUCUAGACUAUGCAGCCCUUAAUCUCUUUGGAGAUAACUAUUUACAGUGGGCGCUAGAUACAAAGAUCAACCUGAGGUCAAAGGGACUCGGUGAUACUAUCAUCGAGGGAAACAAUGAGAAUGAUAAAAACAUAUACAGGGCGAUUAGUAUUAUACGCCAUCACCUCAUUGAAGUUUCAAUGAUGAGACUGUGUGGUGAAGAAGUAACCGAGAAAGAGUUACUUGAUAAGACCUUCUCUGCAUUCCAUUCAACGAAUGUGUUGCUGCAGCAGCAGUAUAGAGAGAGAGGAUUCACCACAUAUACUGAUUCGAUCUCGUGCCUACUUCUGGCCGAGGCUAAUAAUGAACUCCUGAUGAAGAACAGUGAGAUGAGACCUCUAGGUUCAGCACCAUUACCAGAAGCUCACAAAGCUGAACAUGAAAAGAAAUAUUCCAAAGAAAGCAACCACGUCUACAAUGAGAGAAGAACACACGGCAGAGGCCGUGGUGGGCACAAAGGACGUGGUGGCCGUGACAAUUACUCAUAUGGCCGUGGAUAUGGAAACCACAAUAACUGUGGUCGUGGUUCCAGCUAUGGCCGUGGAAGAGCCAAUUUUGGCCGCGGUCGAGGCGGUAUAUCCAAGCCGUCUUACUCGACCAAAUCUGUUUGUCACAGGUGUGGGAUGAGUAACCAUUGGGCCAAGAACUGCAGAACCCCUAAACAUCUAUGUGAACUCUAUCAGGAGAGUCUUAAGAACAAGAACCCAGAAGCUCAUAUGGUUCACGACAAUGGGUAUGAUACUGAUGAUGAUUUCGACCAUGAAAAGGAUGAUCUAAUGGAUCAUGAGACAUCAGAUUGUCUUAAAGACUAA